UGUAAAGCGAGAUAAAAAGGGCAAUCAGUUGAACAUUUCUUAACCAGUGAAGCGAAUACGGUCUAGCAAACAACACUAUUGGCGCCUAACUGUCUGCCUGCCUGUCUGCCUGUCUACUGCUGCUGAUCACAGCCGCUCCUGUCGAUGACGCUAAUGAAAAAGGCGAGGCUGUACCGCGGCCAAGACUACGCCAGGUUACGCUCGAGGUGUCUGUCGGCCCGCACACUCUUCAAGGACCCGGAGUUCCCCGCUGACGAAGGCUCCCUGGGGUGUAGUAGGGAUGUGUUGUGGAAGCGACCCCCGGAACUAAGGGAAGAGCCUCGGUUCCUAGUGGACGCUGACAGGUUCUCGGCAGUACAAGGGGAUCUGGGUGACUGCUGGUUCGUGUCGGCCCUCACCGCCGUCACCCUGAACCCUGAGCUACUGCUUCGCGUGGUGCCAAGGGACCAGGGCUUCUCACACCCCUACGCUGGAAUAUUUCAUUUCAGAUUCUGGCAGGGCGGGGAAUGGGUGGAAGUGGUGGUGGAUGACCGGCUGCCCGUCACCGUUCUGGGCCAGCUGUGCUUCUCCCGCUCCAGUAAUCCCGCAGAGUUUUGGUCAGCACUCUUGGAGAAAGCCUACGCCAAGCUGCACGGGUCCUACAGCGCCCUGGACGCCGGCAAGUGUUUCGAGGCCACCGAAGAUUUGACAGGAGGAGUGACAGAGAGGUUCCUGCUGGCGGACGAGGAGCUCCCUACUGACUUGUUCUCCAUCAUGGUUCGCGCUAGCCAGCGGGGUUCUCUGCUCACCUGCUGCGUCCCCUCCGCCAAGAAGAGCGGCACGGACCAGACGGAGACGGGUUUGAUCUCGAGUCACAGCUACUGCGUGACGGGCGUGAGGCGCUGGAAGGUGAAGGUGCCCUCGAGAUGGAAGAGUUACGUGGAACUGGUGCGCCUCAGGAACCCCUGGGGGGACGAGAUGGAGUGGCGAGGGGCGUGGAGUGACAAUUCUGAGGAGUGGGGCCUAGUGUCAGCGGAAGAGAGGAAGAGACUGGAGGUGACGGCGGCGGGUGAUGGAGAGUUCUGGAUGACUUACGAGGAAUUCAAGAAGAGAUUUGAUGAGCUGUACAUUACGAGCCUAAACCCACAAAACCUGGAGGACUCGGCCCGUCAGCGCCUCUACACGCUAGCGGAGGUGAUCCAGGAAGUGCUGCUUUACCCGGAAAAGAUCAAGUCAGGUCACCAAGGCACUAAGAAAUGGGAAGAAGUUAACUACGACGGAAGCUGGGUCAGGAAUUCUACCGCAGGGGGACCGCCUCAGGGAACCUCGCUAGACCUCUUCAGCAGUAACCCACAGUACUUACUCCAUCUGACGGAGGCUGACGAUGCCCUGGAAGUGGAGGACGAGGCCGAGGGGCAGAGGGAGAAGAGUGAGAAGGGGACGUGUAGUGUGGUCAUUUCCCUCAGUCAGAAGAACAGGAGGGUCAACAAACUGGAGCUGCUCACUGUUGGCAUCUGUGUGUACGAGGUGGAGGAGAAGAGGGCUCGCUCCGCACUGUCUCCCUCGUGGUUCCAGCGUCACCGUCCCCUCAACAAGGUUAUAUUCAAGAAGACCCGCACCGUCACUUUCCGUCUACAGCUCCACCCCGGCCACUACGUCCUCGUCCCAUGCACCGCCUGGCCCAACAAGGAGGGGGACUUUCUCCUUCGUGUAUUUUGCGAGAAGGCGGCGACUAUGGAGGAGAACGACGAAGAUGCAAGGAUUCUGGUCGUACGUGACGAGGAACUUGGUGACUCGACUGAUGGAGGAGUAGGAGGAGGAAGUGGUCUGCAUCAGCCACAUGACCUGAGGGACGUGUUUUGGAGGAACGCUGGGAUGGUGGGUCACAUCUGCGCCAGGAAGCUGAUGCAGGCACUCAACACUCUCUUCUCCGGUCAGCUAGAGUUCUCCCUGGAUAUGACUCGCAGCCUCCUGGCCAUGGUAGACAGAGACUUCUCAGGCACCGUUGACUAUUACGAGUUCGAACCUCUGGUCUUCUCUCUCCUGCGCUGGGUGGAUGUUUAUAAUAGGAAGAAAAACCAGGAAACGAAGACAUUCUCUGGUUAUGACUGGCAGCUGGGAGACGCGCUAAGGGAGUUGGGAUAUCAAGUGCCUCGCCGCCUGCAGGGAUUAGUGGUGGUGCGCUACGGGGACGACGAGGGUAAUAUCUCUCUCAAGGACUUCCUCAUGGCCACCUGCAGGAUCUCCGUCAUGCUGGAGAGAUUCCGGAACCACAGCGGUGAGGAGGACGAGCAAGCAACCCUCUCCCUCAGCGACUGGCUCCAGGACACCCUCUACUGCUGACGAGCCUUCUGCUGGCCCCUACCCCUGCUGUUGUUGCCGCUGCUAGUACAGACGGAGGCCCCUGAGUAGGUCCAGGAACCCUCUUUAUGACAUGCUUCUUACCAUUACUGCUACCUACGGCGUCUCCUGGGUGGUUCUUCCUUAUGACACACCCUCUGCUAUUCCUGCUACUGACGGAAGCUGUUCCUACUAUCAAUGACGAUGUUCACGCCUUGAAACUGUGUUUGUGUUUGUUGUGCCUUUGGAAUGUUUAGAUUAAUUCAAAUCAUAUUACUCAUAAUAAUCUCUCUCUCUCUCUCUCUCUCUCUCUCUCUCUCUCUCUCUCUCUCUCUCUCUCUCUCUCUCUCUCUCUCUCUCUCUCUCUCUCUCUCUCUCUCUCUCUCUCUCGGCUUCCAGUUUCAAUAUUCUAAUGAUGGUUUCGUUAUAAAUUGAUAAAUAAAAUAAAUAUACAUAAUUGAUAAAAGAUA